UUUUUAACCUGAAGUAAUUGAUUCUCUUACUGCAAUCACUCGCCUUUUCUACAGAGCAACGGAGAUAGAUCUCUCUAGACUCCCAACGGUUGGUCGCACCGAUUGUCGUUUGUGAACGCGGAUCCAAUAUCAGGUCGAUACUGAUAACGUUGGCGUCACAAAGCGCCACAGAAUGAUCGAUGGUCGGGCACGAGACGACUGCUUGGCUGCUGACUCUCUUCGGCGGUGCGUGUGCAUCGUUGGCCUGUCCAGGUAUCACUGCCUUGGCGCUCCCGCCGGUAGCCGCAAACCCGAACUUCCAACGGAAUGCAGCGUUACGCACGGUAGCUUGGGGCGCGGACGAAGUAACUCCUGUGGCCGUGAACUUCACGGAACAACCCUUGACGUCCGCACUCCUCCAUGUUAGUUACGACGGCCGGCAAUUUUAUGGAUGGAGUUCGGGCAACGAUCCGAAAGAUCGUGAGUCGAAUGCCGCCAGGCCUCGCUACUCGACCAGGUCUCGACGCCGCCGACGGAAUCGUGGCAACUACGAUGGUACGGUACGAUCCGUACAGGGAGAAAUCCAGUACUGUCUAUCCAAGGUGUACGGCAACAUUGAUCCCCAACGAGUCGUCGUGGAGGGCUGCAGCCGUACCGACAAGGGCGUGCACGCCCGCGGUAUGAUGGCGCAAAUCUACUGUCUACACGAAACUACCUCGCCGAAUGAUGAUCCCGUAGUGGAUUGGUCCAUCCCGGGAAAGCGACAACCUCACCCGCGCAACGCUACGGAUACGUCCUACUUUACGCAGCUCCCCAUGAACCUGACAAAAUUGGCCUUUACGCUGAACCGUAUGUUGCCACACGACAUUUCUAUUAUGGGGAUUGCCCCAACGCCUCACCCCCACGUUACCGGAUGUAAUCCUGCGAUCAGUGCUCUGCCCUUUCACCCGACGUUGUCUUGUCGCCACAAGACCUACCGGUACGUCGUUUCCGUAGGCACACGCGCGGAUCCCACAAAGCGUCUCUAUGUGUGGCAUCUAGAUCGAGCAAUUUCUACCUUUUCUCUCGACCAAGCCGAGCAAGCCUGCCAAAUACUGCAAGGGUCGCACAAUUUUGCUGCCUUUCAAGGUGCACCGCGAGGCUCGGACAACAAGAUCAAGUUUACAAUGAGAAAUACGACUUGUCAGCUCAUUAGCAUUCGUAUACAACACCAGAGUACUUGGUUGGAUACUGAAACGUACGUGGUGUCCGUCACCGGAGACCGAUUCCUCUACAAAAUGAUCCGGUUUUUGGUAGGCACUGUGGUUGGCGUGGGCACUGGUAAACUGACUCUGGACAACGUCGCAGCAAUGCUUCUCACGCAGUCGCGGAACAAUUUGCAAGUGGAGUGCGCGCCGCCGCACGCUCUUGUUUUGGAACACGUCGAGUACGACGCAGCAAUCGACUGGCAACCGGUUCGUAGUUGA